AUGUUCCGCAAGAAAAAAAAGAAACGCCCUGAGAUCUCGGCCCCACAGAAUUUCCAGCACCGCGUCCACACCUCCUUCGACCCCAAAGAAGGCAAGUUCGUGGGCCUCCCCCCACAAUGGCAGAACAUCCUGGACACACUGCGGCGACCCAAGCCUGUGGUGGACCCUUCACGCAUCACCCGGGUGCAGCUCCAGCCCAUGAAGACAGGGGUGCGGGGCAGCGCGGUGCCCACGGACGGCUACAUCUCGGGGCUGCUCAACGAUAUCCAGAAGUUGUCAGUCAUCAGCUCCAACACCCUGCGCGGCCGCAGCCCCACCAGCCGGCGGCGGGCACAGUCCCUGGGGCUGCUAGGGGAUGAGCAGUGGGCCCCCGACCCGGACAUGUACUUGCGGAGCCCCCAGUCUGAGCGCAGGGACCCCCAUGGCCUCUACCUCAGCUGCAACGGGGCCGCACCAGCAGGGCGCAGGCAUGUGCCAUGGCCCGAGCCACAGAGCCCGCGGGUCCUGCCCAGUGGGCUGGCCACCAAGGCACAGUCCCUGGGCCCCACCGAGUUCCAGGGUGCCCCGCAGCGCUGCCUGCAGAGCUCCCCAACCGGCACCUCGGCCUCCACGGCCGCGGGCAGGCGGGGGCCCAAGACUGCCGGACAUGGCUCUGAGGAGGCCCGGCCACAGUCCUGCCUGGUGGGCUCGGCUGCAGGCAGGCCGGUGGGGGAGGGCAGCCCCAGCCCUAAGACCCUGGAGAGCAGCCUGAAGCGCAGGCUGUUCCGAAGCAUGUUCCUGUCUGCUCCUGCCGCCGCCCCUCCAAGCAGCAGCAAGCCAGGCCCUCCACCACAGAGCAAGCCCAACGCCUCUUUCAGACCGCUGCAGAAAGACCGCCCCCCAAGCCUGGUGGCCAAGGCCCAGUCCUUGCCCUCAGACCACCCCGUGGGGACCUUCAGCCCUCUGGCCACCUCGGAUACCAGCAGCCCCCACAAGUCCCUCCGCACAGCCCCAGCUGCCGGCCCUCCUCCAGGACGGUCUUCCCCGGCAGGCUCCCCCCGCACCCGGCAUGCCCAGAUCAGCACCAGCAACCUGUACCUGCCCCAGGACCCCACAGUGGCCAAGGGUGCCCUGGCUGGUGAGGAAACGGGCGUUGUGACACACGAGCAGUUCAAGGCCGCACUCAGGAUGGUGGUGGACCAGGGUGACCCCCGGCUACUGCUGGACAGCUACGUGAAGAUUGGCGAGGGCUCCACGGGCAUCGUCUGCCUGGCCCGGGAGAAGCACUCAGGCCGCCAGGUGGCCGUCAAGAUGAUGGACCUCAGGAAGCAGCAGCGCAGGGAGCUGCUCUUUAAUGAGGUGGUGAUCAUGCGGGACUACCAGCACCUCAACGUGGUGGAGAUGUACAAGAGCUACCUGGUGGGCGAGGAGCUGUGGGUGCUUAUGGAGUUCCUGCAGGGCGGGGCCCUCACGGACAUCAUCUCCCAAGUCAGGCUGAAUGAGGAGCAGAUCGCCACCGUGUGCGAGGCCGUGCUGCAGGCCCUGGCUUACCUGCACACUCAGGGUGUCAUCCACCGGGACAUCAAGAGCGACUCCAUCCUGCUGACCCUCGACGGCAGGGUGAAACUCUCGGACUUCGGAUUCUGUGCACAGAUCAGCAAAGAUGUCCCUAAGAGGAAGUCCCUGGUGGGAACCCCCUACUGGAUGGCUCCUGAAGUGAUCUGCAGGUGUCUGUAUGCGACUGAGGUGGAUAUCUGGUCUCUGGGCAUCAUGGUGAUUGAGAUGGUAGAUGGAGAGCCACCCUACUUCAGUGACUCCCCAGUGCAAGCCAUGAAGAGGCUCCGGGACAGCCCCCCACCCAAGCUGAAGAACUCUCACAAGGUCUCCCCAGUGCUGCGAGACUUCCUGGAACAGAUGCUGGUGCGAGACCCCCAGGAGAGAGCCACGGCCCAGGAACUCCUGGACCACCCCUUCCUGCUGCAGACGGGGCUGCCCGAGUGCCUGGUGCCCUUGAUCCAGCUCUACCGCAAGCAGACCUCCACCUGCUGA